ACUUUUACUGAUAUGGGAAAUAUGAAUCUCCAUCUAUGAAACUAUCAUCACUUUUAGCUGAAUGAACUAUUUGAUGGUAAUAAUCAAAAUGUUAGAAUUAAAAAUUCAUCUCCCUUUAUCUCUCCUUAAUUUUCCAUUUUGAACUGAAACACAGUGAAUAUGAAAUCAAAACUGGCAGGUUAAGUUUUUAAAACUUGUGGUAGGUGAAAAGCAAGAAAUUUUCUCUCAUUUCAGGUAUCUAAAAUGGGACAAUGUUUGAGCUUCUGCUGCUUUAAGCAUACAGCUUCGUCUCAGCAACAGUAUCCAACUGUGAUAGAAGAGCUAUGCCCUCAAUUUUCUCUAGCCGAACUUAGGAAAUGGACAAACAACUUUGACGAAAACCAAAUAAUUGGAAUUGGAGGCCUUGGCGUUGUAUAUAAAGGCUCUCUCCGAAACAGUUGUGCUACUGAGUGUACAAUUGCAAUCAAGCGAAUACAUGCGAUUACUGAGAAGGAACUUAAGCAGUUCAAGAACGAAAUUGAGUUGCUCUGCCAGCUUCGCCAUCCAAAUUUGGUCACUCUGUUAGGAUUUUGUGACCACAGAGACGAGAAGAAUAUUGUAUAUGAGUACAUGACCAAUGGAUCUCUCCGUGAUGUCCUAUAUUGUAGUGAUAUGAAAAAGAAGCCACUAACAUGGAAGCAGAGGCUAAACAUCUGCAUAGGAGUAGCGAAGGCACUACACUACCUUCACACAGGUCUCAAGAGAACAGUCUUUCAUCGUAACGUAAUACCUUAUAAUAUUCUUUUGGAUAGCAACAUGGAGGCAAAACUCUCAGACUUCCGACUUUGCUUAACAGGACCACAUCAUGCAUCAAAGCCAAAACCAAAGACAAUAACAAAAGAUGGCUUUUCAGGUACGUAUGGUUACGAGGCUCCUGAGAUUUCAGAAAACAAUACAUUAACAGAAAAAUGCGAUGUUUACUCCUUUGGUGUAGUUAUACUAGAAGUGGUAUGCAAAGAGAAGCUAAACAGUGUUGAGAAGAGGCAGAAACACCCUGUUGAGGAGAAUAUUGAUCCAAAUAUUAAAGGAAAGAUUGCACCAGAGAGUUGGGAAGUAUUUAUAAACAUCACAGAAAGAUGCUUGAACUUUGAUCCAAAUGAGCGACCAUCAAUGGGUGAAGUGGAGGUUCAACUUGAGCUUGCUCUGUCACUGCAGGAAGAAGCAGAUAUAAGAAAUAGCUGUGAUGCUUAUACCCUAUUAUCUAUGACCAUUAUUAGUUAAUCCUCAGCUACAGU